AUGGUAUUAUCACCUAGAUUCAGGACCAUCCUAACUGGCACCUUAUCCGGCUUGAUCAGCCUGGCCAAUGCCCUUCCUACAUCUCAGAGGCCCGUGAUCGUCCCUAAGUCGACGCAAGACUUCUUUGAGAAUGGAACCGUCAUCUAUGGGACCAACGACAGUACAACUCUCAUUUCCGACGGCACAGCUCCUGCUAUCGUGGUUCUCGAUUACGGCCAAAAUGUAGAAGGUCACCCUACAUUCGAGGUGGUCUCUACCUCUGGCAAUACCUCUGGUCUUGAGAUCUCAUAUGCAGAAAGCAAGGCUGUUCUCGACUUGUACAUGAGCGACGGCCCCCUACCCCUCGCCGCGGCUAUGGACAAUUACAGAGUGAACCAGUACAAUAUUACCAGCCCAUCCGUCAUCACAAACCGCCUCAUCCAAGGCGCCUUCCGCUACCAGAAGCUCAAUCUCUCAACGGCAGGGUCUCUGCAACUCCGCAACAUCGGCGUCAAGCCCACGACAUCCACCACGCCCCUCACUCGGCUCCCCGGUUCCUUCGAGUGCUCUGAUGAAGACCUCACGCGCAUUUGGAAAGUCGGCGCAAGAACGGUCCAGCUCACCGAGAUCCCCAAAAACUCCAUCCCCGACUUCCUCCAGGUCACCGAGGAGGGAGCCUAUGCCGAAAGCCAGGCUCCUCAGGCCUUGGCUGGCGCAGUUGCCGCUCAGCUCCUCAAUUACCGUGUCGAUGUGCAGGUCAAGCCCGUCAAAGGCGGCUUCGGAGUCGCAGCGCUAUGUGAUACGCUCAACAGCUGCGUCUACAUCUCCUUCGACCUGAUCCAGAACACCGUCACAGCGCACGCCGGCUCAACGACCUUGGAUGCCCUCCUCGCAACAUCCCCUCUUCCCUCCAGCGUCGCCCUCGACACCUGGCACGCGGUCCACAUCGACGUCGCCACGCCGUCUGUCACAGUCACCCUCGACUCGCUCCCGGUUCUCAACCUGACCCAAACAGCCCGGUUCUUCGGCUCCUUCGGCCUCGGCGCCUCGUUCGGGCACGCGGCUUACUUCCGCAACCUCACGGCCAGCACGCCCACCGGCGAGGUCAUCUACACCAACCCGCUGACGUCGCCCUCCUUCCUGGCAGACUUCAUGAUGGGCACGAACCCGGCGGACACCAUUGUCGACGGCUCGCGCCGCGACAGGAUCGCGUACACGGGCGACCUCGACGUGGCUGUCGGCGCCGCCUUUGCGAGCACAUACGGCACACCCUUCAUCGACGGGUCCCUCGACCUCCUGGGCUCGUACCAAGCGUCGCCGGGCUUCUUCAUCCCAACCGCCAAAAUCCAACAAGCCCCGCUGGCCUCGCCGUUGGACGUGAACAUCACGGGGCUCAUCGGCUACUCCUUCAACUUCGUCACCGCCCUCGCCCAGAACUACGAGAUGAGAGGCAACCUCACCUUCGCCAAGCAGUGGGCGCCCCACGUCAUGAAGAUGCUGGACUGGGCCGACUCCCAGACCCUCCCCAACGGACUCUUCAACGUCUCGGACGCGUCCUUUGGUGGCGACUGGAACUACUACGACCCGGUCCAGUCCGGCGCCGUGACCAAGUUCAACGCCGUGUACGCCUACUCCCUGCAGCAAUCCCUACUCCUCCUCCAAGACGCGGGCGUGAACACCACGAUAUACCAAUCCCGGCUCGAGGCCCUCCGCACCUCCAUCAACGCAAACCUCUGGAGCGACGACCUGGGCGCCUACGUCAUGUCCGAGACCCUCACCACGGGCUUCGCCCAAGACGCCAACGCCCUCGCGAUCCUUGCCGGCGUCCCAUCCCCGGACGUCACCCCGAGAGUCCUCUCCACCCUCUCCGACGCCCUGCUCCUCCCCGCCGGACCCCUCGCCUUCUCCCCCUCCACCGCCGCGUCCGGCUUCGCGAAGAAGAUCAGCCCCUACGCCUCGGCCUACCACCUCCGCGCCGCGCUCGCCUCGCGCGACGCGCCCACCGCAAAGGCCCUCCUCAAGACCCUCUGGGCCCCCAUGGCGGACCCGACCCAUGCGAACUACACGGGGUGUUUCUGGGAGACACUCGACGCCGACGGGGCGCCCGGGCUGGGGACCGUGACGUCCUUGUGCCACGGGUGGGCCGCGGGGCCGACGGCGGAACUAAGCAAGUUUGUCCUGGGCGUGCAGCCUGCCAAGCCCGGCUUCGCCGAGUGGAAGGUCGAGCCGCAGACGCUGGGGCUGGCGUGGGCUCGCGGCCGGUAUCCGACGGCGCGCGGGGACGUGCGUGUUGAUUGGCGGUUCGAGGAUGGGUUGUUGCGGAUGGAGGUUGAGAGUCCCGCCGGUACCAAGGGGAUGGUGUACCUGCCUCAGCCGUUGGCGAAGGGGCUCAAUGGGUCUGUUGUCCGUGUCAAUGGUGCUGUUAGGAACGCGACACAGUUCGAGGUCAACGGAGGCGAUGCGUUUGUGCUGACGCAGGAACUCCAGGGGUAG